AGUAUUUUAUUGGUCGUCAUUUUAUUUGAAAUCAGAGUUUGACGGUUUUCAAAUUUAAACAGAGUCGUACAUAACCUCAAAAUUAAUCCGUAAAUAAGUCAGUAAAGCAGUAUUUCCUUUUUAAGUUUUUCUUUAUUUAUUUUACUUGAUUAUUACUAAAAGUGAACAAUUAUCAUGGAAACUCAACAAGUAGCAAAGUGUAUAACCUUAAAAGGUAGUGCAGAAAUUGUCAGAGAAUAUUUAGAUUAUGGAAUCAAUAGUAUACUGUAUCAACGAGGGAUUUAUCCCCCAGAAACAUUUGAGCCUGUUGAACACUUUGGUUUGUUUAUUUUGAUGUCCACCGACAACAAAAUCAAGGCUUUCUUAGAUAAAAUUCUUGGCCAAGUAGAAGAGUGGUUACUGCAGCAAAAAGUGGAGAAAAUAGUUCUUGUAAUUAGUAAUGUUAAUACUAGAGAGGUAUUAGAGAAGUGGGAUUUCAAGGUCGAUUACGAAGGAAAGUUAAAGUCUGAUGAUGGCAGUAAAGCAUCUGUUCUUCCUGAAGUUGGAACCAAGGACGUACAAACAAUCCAAAAAGAAAUACGUGAAGUCAUCAGACAAAUAACAGGCACUGUUAGCUUUCUACCACUUCUGGACUGUCCCUGCUCAUUUGAUAUAUUAACCUACACUGUACCAGACUGUGGAAUACCACAAGAAUGGGAUGAAACUGAACCAGUUUUCAUUGCAAACAGUCAAGAAGUGCAGUUAAGAUCAUUUUCAACGUCUCUACAUAAAAUGGAUACAGUUGUGAGCUACAAAAGUACUUGAAUGCACUAUCAUGAACUAAUUAUUUGAUCGCUUGUACAUUCUUAUUCUAUUAAGUGUGAUUAUUCAUGAUUAUAAAAUUUUUUUAUACGAAUAUAAUUUAUAUUUUAAAUAUGAAUAUUUUUUUAUUGGA